GCUCAACUCCUUUCCGGCCCAUCUGACAGGCGUGAGUGUUUGUUUGCGGGAGAGUUGUGUCACGGACCGUGAUCUAGUUUCUAGAAAACGACGGACAAUGGCGUCCGGCGACGGAAUCCAGAUGCCGAGCCGACUCCCGCUGCUGCUGAGCCACGAAGCGGUUCUCCUCCCGGGCUCCAGCGCCAGGUUCACCGUGGACUCCCCGCGGAACAUGCAGCUGGUCAGCCAGCGGCUGCUGAGGGGCACGUCUCUGAAAAGCACCAUCAUAGGAGUCCUUCCCAACACCAGGGACCCACAGCACGACACCGACGGCCUACCCACCCUGCACAAGAUCGGUACGGCGGGGAUAGCCGUGCAGGUGGUGGGCAGCAACUGGCCGAAGCCCCACUACACCCUCCUCAUCACCGGAUUGUGUCGCUUCAGUGUGACCAGUCUGUUGAAGGAUCGACCCUUUGUCCUGGCAGAGGUGGAGCAGCUGGAUAAACUAGAGCAUUACACCACCCCAAUAACGGAGGGGGCCUCAUCCAGCGAGGGAGAGCUAGGGGAGCUGUCUCUCAAGUUCUACCAGGCAGCUGUACAGUUGCUAGGUAUGUUGGACAUGUCCGUUCCAGCGGUGGCCAAGUUCAGGCGUCUUCUGGACAGUCUGCCCAGGGAAGCUCUACCCGAUGUGGUAGCCUCCAUGAUCCGCACCUCAAACAAGGAGAAACUCCAGGUCCUGGAUGCGUUGACCUUGGAGGAGCGAUUUAAGAGAGCUCUACCCAUGUUGACCAGACAAAUAGAUGGACUGAAACUGCUGCAGAAAACCAGGAAGACAGGUCCCGAAAAUGAGAAGAGGGUGCGACCGGUGCGUAAAGGUGGAGUGGUCUCGGGUCGGCAGUUCAACCUGGAUGAGGAACCGGAAGACGAGGAUGGCGAUGACAUUGCAGCCUUGGAGAAGAAGGUCCACGGGGCCAAGAUGCCCGACGCCGCACUCAGAGUUUGCAUCAAAGAGCUCAAGAGAUUGAAGAAGAUGCCUCAGUCCAUGCCUGAGUUUUCCCUUACCAGAAACUACUUGGAUUUGAUGGUAGAGUUGCCAUGGAGCAAAAGCACCAAAGACUGCCUGGACAUCCAAGCUGCUCGCACCCUGUUGGACAACGACCACUACGCCAUGGACAAGCUGAAGAGACGCGUGCUGGAGUACCUCGCUGUUAGACAGCUGAAGACUUCUCUGAAGGGGCCGAUCAUUUGCUUUGUGGGGCCCCCGGGAGUCGGUAAGACCAGUGUGGGACGCUCCAUAGCCCGGACCCUGGGCAGAGAGUUUCACCGCAUCGCUCUAGGAGGCGUCUGUGACCAGUCGGACAUCCGUGGACACAGGCGCACGUAUGUGGGGAGCAUGCCUGGCCGCAUUAUCAACGGGUUGAAGACGGUCGCCGUGAAUAAUCCUGUGUUCCUCCUGGACGAGGUGGACAAGCUGGGGAAGAGCCUGCAGGGAGACCCCGCUGCCGCACUGCUGGAGGUCCUGGACCCAGAGCAGAACCACAGCUUCACGGACCAUUACCUCAACGUGGCCUUUGACCUCUCCCAAGUGCUCUUCAUUGCCACGGCCAACACCACGGCGACCAUUCCCCCCGCCCUGCUGGACAGGAUGGAGGUGCUGCAGGUACCAGGCUACACUAGGGAGGAGAAGGUGGAGAUAGCUCACCGUCAUCUGAUCCCAAACCAGUUGGAGCAGCAUGGAUUAACACCUCAGCAGCUGCAUAUACCACAGGACACCACGCAGGAUAUAAUCAGCAGCUACACCCGGGAGGCGGGCGUGCGUUCCCUGGAGAGGAAGUUUGGGGCGAUCUGCCGAGCGGUGGCGGUGAAAGUCGCCGAAGGUCACAGAGUCGCCACAACAGAUGUUUCCACCGCCGAGUGUCCGUCACAGCAGGGGGACAAGGCAGCCCCCCCGGAGAUGCCCAUAGUGAUCGACCACGUGGCCCUGAGGGACAUCCUGGGUCCUCCUGUGUUUGAAAUGGAGGUGUCUGAGAGGCUCACCCUGCCAGGUGUGGCUGUGGGUCUGGCCUGGACGCCCCUCGGUGGGGAGAUUCUGUUUGUGGAGGCCAGUCGAAUGGAGGGAGAAGGUCAGCUCACUCUGACCGGUCAGCUUGGAGACGUUAUGAAAGAAUCCGCCCAUCUGGCGAUCAGCUGGCUCAGAGCAAAUGCUAAAACCUACCAGCUGACCAACAUGGUGGGUGGCCCAGACCCGCUAGAAGGGACAGACAUCCAUCUCCACUUCCCAGCUGGAGCCGUCACCAAGGAUGGCCCCUCUGCAGGUGUUACCAUAGUAACGUGCCUAGCCUCGCUGUUUAGCGGCCGAUUGGUCCGAUCGGACGUCGCCAUGACGGGAGAGAUCACGCUGAGGGGGCUGGUGCUGCCGGUGGGCGGCAUCAAGGACAAGGUCCUGGCGGCCCACAGGGCGGGAGUGAAGCGCGUUAUCCUCCCGAAACGCAACAGCAAGGACCUGGAGGAGCUUCCAGCCAACAUCCGAGCCGACCUGGACUUCGUCACAGCCGCCAACCUGGACGAGGUGCUGAACGCCGCCUUUGACGGAGGGUUUCCAGGGGCGGGCCACACCCACACCCUGAGCAGCAAACUGUAACACACAGGACGGGCCCCUAGCUAGACCUGAAAGAGCAGUGAGUGGGUCGUCAGCGUGGACCUCUUGGAGUCAAAGGACUUUUGUAACUUUGUUCGCUCCUUGCUUUUAAGAUCUUUGCAUUCAAAGGAUUAUUUUCCUAUUGAACAGACAAUUUGAGACAAAUCAAGCUAAAGCACUUGGUUUGGGGGGGGUUACAGCCUUUCAGGGUGUUGGAGCGUCAGCAUCCGAUUUUAUAAACUUGAUCCCUAAUGGUUUGGUGUAAUGAGGGUGUUUACAAUGUGGAAUGUCUAAUGAGGACUAAUUUUUGACAGGUUGAAUUUAAAAAGAAGACAAAAUAGUACAUAUACACAAUCCAUUUGAAAUGAAGAUAAUUCAGAUCGGAGCACCGAUUUGGUGGAUGGGACAAAUGACACAAACGACUGCAAUCAUUUUGAUCAAUUCAGAAUGUAUCAGAUACCAACCUGAUCUAUGGGAUCAUUUUCUCUGGACUUUCUCUGUUCUUAAUGUGAAAGUAUCUCAAUCCAAAGCAUCGUGUGACGUAUGUAGAGACCAAAUUAAAACUAACAAGGCUCAUUGUAACUAUAUACACCAAUAAUAUUGCUAGUUGAAAUGAUUCUGCUUUGGGGAAAAAAAGUUUUUUUUUUCCUUCAACUUCUAAAAAGAUUACCUGCAUAUUGUUUUAGCUCUUGCUAACUAUGAAAUAAAGCAGCCCAAUCAGUUUGUGUGCUGCGUGAUUCAACAGCCACUCUGAUUUUUGUAUAUUUAUUGUAGAUAUAUAAUGCUUUCAGUCAUACCUAUUUGGCAGUACUGUGUACAUACUGUAAACCCUGCAGAUAUCUCUGCACAGAGGUCAAGCAGCCUCAAGUAAACACAACUGUUUCCUCCUGAAGUGCCGAUUCAUGCGUAGGUGUAAAACACUGUAGCAUUCGUUGUUGUAGUUUUUAAAGACAAACUUGAUAUACUAACCACUUUGUUUUUCUAAAAUAGGUCGUUUUAAAAAUGCUUAACAUUUUGAAAAUGUAAAGGGAGAAAUGAUCUAACGCUGAAAAAAAAGUGUGCCACAGAUGUGAUUCCUUUUUUGCCCCCUUCACCCUGUAGCGACGUAAUCUGAAACACCAGCGUGCAGCGUCUCUCUCUCUCUCUCACGCUUGUAUUCAGACAGCCAUGAAAUGAUUAAUGCAGGUUUGGCAGAACAUUUCCACAGCCGCAAAAACGCCAUCAGACGAGUGCUGUGCGUUCAGGUUUUACACCGACACUUUUACA